CUUUUGCCAAAGAGCUCCUUUCAAAUGGCUGCGCCUGUCAACAUACGUGUUAUUUAUCUUAUUGUUUGGGCUUCUUGUAUAUUAACAGCGCAUGCUUUCAUAGAAGGCCUCUAUUGUGGGGUAGAAAAUUGUUAUGAAGGUAUUUGCUUUUAAAUAUAUAUGACUAUUAUUGAGACAGAAUUUAAUAAUAAUAAAAUAAUAGUAAUGAUGGUGUUCAGACAUUCCACUGACACUGACAGUAAUCAGAUAAAUGUAGGCGUAAGCCUGUUUUUUAAAACUGUUUUGUUGGUUUUGGAGUUAGGCUGUGACCUGCUGUUGUGAGUUGACAAUUCAGUUUUUAGUGGAAUAAGCUUUAAAUUAGCCUUUAGUUUUAGUUUAGGUACUAACAGAGCGUCUAUAUGUCCGGCGACCGGACGAAUAAGUUCUCGAGAUAUACGUCCGGCGACCAACUCACAUGAUCGCCGUAACAAAGCUGCGCGAGAUAUUUGACCGUCAGCCUUGUCAUGUGACUGUUAAUAGGAGAUCAGUAAAAUGGUGUCGGCAAUGUAUGUGGGCGACGGGUAAACUUAAUUUUUAAAAAGGGGGGGGGGUAGCAAUGCCUACUUGAAGGAAGAAAUACUGAGAGCAAGAGAGAAAGGAUAAAAAUGAUAGUGAGGGGGAUAAAUAAUUAAAGCUAUAGUUCAUAAAGAAAUAGACCCUACAUCUUAAUAUAGGGCCAAUAUAGCCUACUUCUCACACAAUAUUAAUUGCCUAAAAUAAAACUUUUUUGAAGUAGGUCUAUUGAAAGUCAACUGACAGGUAUUGCUAUUAUUGUGUUUGGUUCAUAUUUUAAAUUUAGGCUACUUGGUAGAGCUUUAUAAAAUAUUUAAACCAAGAUAAGGCCCCCUCUUUUUUUUGAAGUCAGGUUCAAAUAGUCUAGUAUAUAGGCCUACUAUUAUUAUAAUAGUUUUAAUUCAAAGUGAAAAAGCUUAUGAUACACUUUAUCUCAAAGUAUUUGAAAAUAUUAACAUAUUCAGUAUUUAUUUAUUAUCUAGGGAUCGGCUGACUAAAAUAUAUAUAUAUAUAUAUACACAAUAUUGGAAUAUCAUAUGCAGUGCAACUAUUUUGCCGACAACCUCUUGUGAAAUGAUAUGCCUGCCAGAAUAAUACCACCUACUAGUCGUCCAGCGGUCACGUGACAUGCCCAAGACAGAAUAUCUCCCGCAUUAUUUGUCCGGUCGUUGGACGUGUAGAUACUGCCAAUUACAAAUUAAGUAAUUUGUAAGGUAUGCAUUAUUCAUUAUGCAGAUAUGAUUAUAAAGAACAUCAUAACCCAGUGUGAUGCCUAUACUUAUAUUAUUAUUAAGGCAAACAGGUUUACUUAUUUUGGUAAUUUGCUAAGAUAUAAAUACAUGUUUAUUAAUAAAAUGUAUUUGACGUUUUCCCACAGUUAUUUCCAGGACUUGACCCCUGGUAAUAGGCCUACUUAGAGCUAUUCUUAUACUAAAAUACAGAAUAGUUGUUAGUAGGCUUUCACUGUUAUCUAUAGUAGUUUGAAUGCUCCAUCAUCCUGCCUCAUUUAAAUAGAACUUACAUCUUUCUUUCUAAAAUAGGCAUUAACUGUCUGUUCUAUACUAUUCUAUCUCCACUAUACUGUUUAUUCUGUAUUGUCUAUACCAUUGCACAAGAUGAAACUGCAUAAAAUGCUAUUUGUCCAAUAGUUUAUUCAAACUUUCCAAGCAAGUGAGGCCUCUUUUUUUUCAUAUUUUCUUUCAUUGGGGCGCUAAGGAUGAUAACUAAUGUAAAAAAAACUAAGUCACAAACAUUUACAUUUUAAAAUACUGCUAUCUGAUGUAAACACAUUAUUGAGUGUGGGGGGGAGGGGGCAUGGUCCACAUCUAAAGUGAAAUCAAUUAAAUUAAUUACCUUUCUAAUGAUUAAGUAGCAGCUUGACAUUUUGGUCUCCAACAAAUGGAAACUUGUCUUUCCUAGACCUAGCUUAUUGGGGGGGGGGGGGGGGGGGGCAUGGUCCACAUCUAAAGUGAAAUCAAUUAAAUUAAUUACCUUUCUAAUGAUUAAGUAGCAGCUUGACAUUUUGGUCUCCAACAAAUGGAAACUUGUCUUUCCUAGACCUAGCUUAUUUAGUAACUUAUUUAAUACUACCGAUAGGCCCACUUCAUCCCCAUGCUCAAACUCAAACAUGUAUAGACUUCUAACCUACAACUUACAGAGUACACUCAACUUUGUUAAACGAAGUGUUAGGCCCAAGGAAGUGCUACAGAAAAAAAUGUAAUUGUGGACUCCCUUAAAUGAUAUUAUUCAUAGCAUUAUAUAAUUAUAUCUGCAUCAUGAAAUCAACCUGUAAUUGGAGCCAAAAGACAACAUUUUACACAUAUGACCUACUUAAUAAGUGCUUUCCCUUUUGAUUGAUAGGUCUGCACAAAUAAUUAUAUGGGCACUGCCAUACAAAAUGUAAGACUCAUUCAACUCAUGCUGCGCAUCAACGUAGAUGGCUAAGUAACAGAAAAGUUGUCUGCACCCGUAUUAGACAAUUUUGGCACUUAUCACACAAUGUAUAAAAUACUGUUAUGAAGCUACUGGUAGGCCUACCAUAAAGAAAUGGAACAAGGCAAAUUUUAUGAAUUUAAUAAACUUUUAAGUUUAAGCUAUCACGAAAGUAAACUUCUUUAUUUAUUAUUUCAGUUCUUGAUGUGUCUAGAGAUGCAACUAAGGUAAUAGUUGUCAUUUAAAAAAUUGGGAUUCAAAAUACUUUGAUUUGAUUCAAUAAGUCUUACAAAAAUGGACUCCUUUAACAGAUUUAUGUAAUAUAUCACUGAGAGAAAGAGCUGACACUUGGUUUGACAUCAUCUUUUUAUCUUUAACUGUAAAUAUUAUGUCCAAAAAAAGUUCUUUGUCUCCUUUGAACUGUUCUUUUCUCUCCUUUUCUUUUCAAGCCUGCUCCUAAAUUAGUUUCAUUUUUUAUAACAGGGGGAAAUAACCAAAGCUUACAGAAAGUUGGCCAAAAAAUGGCAUCCAGAUAUGCACAGGAAACAGGUUGGUUACCAGUUCUGGGAUAAUGUGAUGUAUUUAUUCUGUAAAAUAACCUCACAAAUUACCCGCUCCUUGUACAGGGAGAUAGUGACAAAAUAUGACAAUAGAGGACUUGUUUUUUGUUUUGGGAGAUAGUGACAAAAUGUGACAAUAGAGGACUUGCUUUUUGUAUUGGGAGAUAAUGACAAGAAGUCACAAUAGAGGACUUGCUUUUUGUAUUGGGAGAUAAUGACAAGAAGUCACAAUAGAGGACUUGCUUUUUGUAUUGGGAGAUAAUGACAAGAAGUCACAAUAGAGGACUUGCUUUUUGUAUUGGGAGAUAAUGACAAGAAGACACAAUAGAGGACUUGCUUUUUGUAUAGGGAGAUAGUGACAAGAAGUCACAAUAGAGGACUUGCUUUUUGUAUAGGGAGAUAGUGACAAGAAGUCACAAUAGAGGACUUGUUUAUUAAAAGUCAGUCAUUAGCAAAACUGUUCUUUGAGUCCUUUCAAGGUCACUCUAAAAUCCCUUAGUGGUCACAAAUUUUCAUUCUAAGACUUCUCAGAGUGGGCUUGCCUUACUUCCAGAGGAUAAGAGUCAUGGAAAAGGAUUGUAUAACUUAGAUGAGCGUGUUGAUAUCAGACAAAUAUUUAAAAUCUAAAUAUUUUUUUCUGUAGGAAUACAAACAGUUGUGUAGCAAGAUUUUGAAAUAUAGGAUUAAAAGUUGAUGUCUGUAACAUUGGACUUAUCACUGAAAGAUAGUUCAUAGAAUUUUCUUGGAUGCUGUUGCUCACCAAAACAGUUUGAACAAAUUUUUAAUUUGUUUAUGUUUUUGUGGUGUGCUGAGAAAAUUAUUUUUUUUAUUGAAGUGUGUCUUUCAGAUUUUUUUUAAAGUUGAAAACCACUAACUUCAACAUAUUGCUCAUUGCAGAAUAUUUGGGGAGGGACUGGGGCUAAUAUUAAUUAUGAGGGUCUGUUUUUUUCAAAAGAAGGAUUGAAGCUUUGAAUACAAAAUAUCUCAUAUAUGCUAUUGGCUAAUUUAAUUUUUCUUCAUCGUUUACAUUUAACAGGCGGACAAAGACGAUGCGUCCAAGAUGUUCCUUAAGAUAGCCAAUGCUUAUGAGGUAAGCUUUGUUGUUAGACUGUAUGAAAAUAUACGUGGUGUUUUUAUUAGGAAAUAAGCACCAUGUAAAUGAGUUGAGGCGCAUACAGGCUUCGCUUAUAGCCAACAGCUUCUCAGUUAUCUGAACAACUGUUACUAAUACUUAUAUAAAAUUAUGUUAUUUAAAUGUUUACUUUCUACCAUUUAAUAAUUUUUUGUAUGGUCUGUUGUCCACUUGCCACUACACUAUCAGUUCUGACCACCAACUCUUGGCUCCCCCAGAUCUUACGUGAUGAGGAACAACGUGCAGAUUAUGAUUACAUGCUGGAUAACCCUGGUAUGGGAUUUCUAUUAUAUAUGACUAAUGGAUAGAAUUAGAAGUAAAAGAUUAAAUUAUAACCAAAAAAAAAAGGAAAAUAAAAAAAUGUUUAGAUUUUCAAAAUGAUAAUGCAAGUCAUACCUGCCAUAUCUGUCAAUGGGGAAAUGGGUUAAAUUAUACGUGAUUAUUCCAUACUCCUGUAAUAGUUUCACAGUAUAUUUUUAAAGAAAACAGGUGUCUGUAUGUGGGUUUUAUUCACAAAUACACAUGUAACCAAAUUUUGGUGGUUAAAAAAAUAUAUGUUUUUAUUCUUUCAUUAGUGACGCUUUAGCUCAGCCUUGAUUAGCUGGCAUAUCAUGACGCUUUAGCUCAGCCUUGAUUAGCUGGCAUAUCAUGACGCUUUAGCUCAGCCUUGAUUAGCUGGCAUAUCAUAAACAUUGAUUGAAAAAAAGAUGAGAACUACUAUUAAAUCAUGACACUUAAAAAUCCCAACUGUGGUCAUUAGAGGGUUAACAAUAGUCCACUGCCACUGGUGACGCCAUUAAAGGGUUAACAAUAGUCAACCGCCACUGGUGAAGGCCGCAUUGAUUUUGUUUUUGGCUUCCUGUUCAUUCUUUCCAUUUGCUCCUCUGACCAGAUGAGUAUUUCUCCCAUUACUACCGCUACUACAGGAGAAGGGUGGCGCCUAAGGUGGAUGUGCGCCUUGUCAUUGCCGUUGCCAUAACUGUUAUCUCAGUCAUACAGGUAAUGGAAAGACAGGUCCUCAUAGCAAUAUGUCCCUAUGUCAUGUUAAAUAACAGAUCCUAAACCAAGUCAUGUUACAAUAGAUUCUAUUACAGGUUUUUUACAAUAGGUCUGAAUACAGGUGAUACUACAAUAGAUUCUAAUACAGGUUUUUUUAAUAGGUCCUAAUACAAGUAAUAUAACAAAAGAUGCAGAUCAAAUGUUAUUGCUAUAGAUCCUUAUAUCCAUAAUAUAACAAUAUAUCCUUAUACUGUAUAAGUAAUAUAACCCAAUAUUGUUGUAUAAUAAAAAUGGCAAAAGAUCUACAUGUUUAUGUAUGAUGGAAAACAGACUAUCAACAGGUUUUUACAAAUUCAAUAACAUUUUUACCUUUUUAAAUCUAUAUUUCUAAUUGACAUUUGAAAAUUUGAAAUUUAUGGCUAAUUCUUGUAAGCUGCAAAUUCGUAAAUCAGCCACUUCCUCCUACUUUAAAAAAAACUUUCUCCAGUUUAAUUGCUGCUUGUACUUUUCCUCUUAGUAUCUGGGUGCAUGGAACAACUACACGACAGCCCUGAAUUACCUGUGCAAGGACCAGAAGUACAGGAUGAGAGCCAUGGACAUUGCCAGGACUGAGGGGCUGCUCAAUGACAACAAAAAGAAACAUAAAAAAAAUAAGGUACUGGGCAGUUCAAUAUAUGUGUGUUUGGGUGAUGGUACGUGGCAGUUCAAUACAUGUAUGUUUGGGUGAUGGUACUGAGCAGUUCAAUACAUGUAUGUUUGGGUGAUGGUACUGUUCAGUUAAAUACAUGUAUGUUUGGGUGAUGGUACUGUUCAGUUAAAUACAUGUAUGUUUGGGUGAUGGUACUGUUCAGUUAAAUACAUGUAUGUUUGGGUGAUGGUACUGUUCAGUUAAAUACAUGUAUGUUUGGGUGAUGGUACUGUUCAGUUAAAUACAUGUAUGUUUGGGUGAUGGUACUGUUCAGUUAAAUACAUGUAUGUUUGGGUGAUGGUACUGUUCAGUUAAAUACAUGUAUGUUUGGGUGAUGGUACUGUUCAGUUAAAUACAUGUAUGUUUGGGUGAUGGUACGUGGCAGUUAAAUACAUGUAUGUUUGGGUGAUGGUACGUGGCAGUUAAAUACAUGUAUGUUUGGGUGAUGGUACUGUUCAGUUAAAUACAUGUAUGUUUGGGUGAUGGUACGUGGCAGUUAAAUACAUGUGUGUUUGGGUGAUGGUAGUGUGCAGUUCAAUACAUGUGUGUUUGGAUAGGUCCUUCGUGGCUGCUCAGUUUGUAAAGAAUAUUUCUGAUUUUUAACUUAAUAUCAGUGGACAAAAAGAUCUGCCACAAUCUAACUUCUUGUUGCUAUUCUAAUUGCAUACCUCACCACAAAAAUUAGCUCCCUUUUGUUUAAAUCCUGUACAAGUUGAUAGAAUGAACCAUGUUUUAUUAUGUUUUAAUAAGCCAUGUCUUAUGAUGUCCUAAGCCAUGUUUUAUGAUGUCCUAAGCCAUGUCUUAUGAUGUCCUAAGCCAUGUCUUAUGAUGUCCUAAGCCAUGUCUUAUGAUGUCCUAAGCCAUGCCUUAUGAUGUCCUAAGCCAUGCCUUAUGAUGUCCUAAGCCAUGCCUUAUGAUGUCCUAAGCCAUGUCUUAUGAUGUCCUAAGCGAUGUCUUAUUCAGUCCUAAGCCAUGUCUUAUGAUGUCCUAAGCAGAUGCUUAUUCAGUCCUAAGCCAUGUCUUAUGAUGUCCUAAGCAGAUGCUUAUUCAGUCCUAAGCCAUGUCUUAUGAUGUCCUAAGCAGAUGCUUAUUCAGUCCUAAGCCAUGUCUUAUGAUGUCCUAAGCAGAUGCUUAUUCAGUCCUAAGCCAUGUCUUAUGAUGUCCUAAGCCAUGUCUUAUGAUGUCCUAAGCCAUGUCUUAUGAUGUCUUAAGCCAUGUCUUAUGAUGUCCUAAGCCAUGUCUUAUGAUUCCUAAGCCAUGUCUUAUGAUGUCCUAAGCCAUGUCUUAUGAUAUCCUAAGCCAUGUCUUAUGAUGUCCUAAGCCAUGUCUUAUGAUUUCCUAAGCCUUGUCUUAAGAUCUCCUAACCCAUGCCUUAUGUGAUUAAAUUGCUCAGAAAUUUAGUUAACCAUCUCACUAAUAAAAACAAUGAAACUGUCAAUGGACCAAAGAAGAAGCAGUCAAUGUAAGCAAUGAGUUUAAUGUCAGUUUACUUGUAAGGUGAGACUAUAAAGUGCUGUCAUUGAUCUCUCUCUAACCACAGGAGGAAAUUAAAGCUGAGGAAGAGGCAACAAUAAGACGGAUCAUUGAAGAUAAGCUGGAUAUAAGGUGUGUACUAAGUGAACAUAAGGUUUGUACUAAGUGGACAUAAGGUGUGUACUAAGUGAACAAAGGUGUGUACUAAGUGAACAUAAGGUUUGUACUAAGUGGACAUAAGGUGUGUACUGAGUGGACAUAAGGUGUGUACUAAGUGGACAUAAGGUGUGUACUAAGUGAACAUAAGGUUUGUACUAAGUUGACAUAAGGUGUGUACUAAGUGAACAUAAGGUGUGUACUAAGUGAACAUAAGGUGUGUACUAAGUGAACAUAAAUGUGUACUGGGUGGACAUAAAUGUGUAUUGAGUGAACAUAAGGUGUGUACUAAGUGAACAUAAGGUGUGUACUAAGUGAACAUAAGGUGUGUACUAAGUGAACAUAAGGUGUGUACUAAGUGGACAUAAGGUGUGCACUAAGUGAACAUAAAUUUGUACUGGGUGGACAUAAAUGUGUACUGAGUGAACAUAAAUGUGUACUGAGUGGACAUGAUGUUUGGUCUAAGUGGACAUAAUGUUUGCAAUGAGGAGACUUUUUAUUAGUCUCAACGUGAUCUGUUUGAAUGUCUGCUGUAUGUGCUGCUUCUGUUAUAUGUGUGAAAUGGGCAGAUGAUUAUAUGAUAGGUUCAGUGAACAUUUUUGUGAAAUUGAACAAGGCAUUUCAUCUAAUUUCAUUGGAGCUCAACACAAAAGCUCAUCAUAUGUAUUCAUCCCUUAUCGCUCUGAUUUCCUGCACUUUUACAAUGUCGAGAAUAAGGUAUAAAUAUAAAUUAUUUAAGAUUUUCAGGACCAUAUCACCAUUCUCAUCUUUUCUUAUUUAUUAAAUUAAUUUAUUAUAAUCUUUAUAUUUUUAAAAUACAUUUUUUGUAAGUUAAAUUCUUAUAUUUCAAAUUAAUGAUACCAAGAUUCUUUUACUACCUGUCAUCUUUUGGCCAGUACAGAUGUUUUGGUCUUUUACUUCCUGUCAUCUUUUGGCCAGUACAGAUGUUUUGUCCUUUUACUUCCUGUCAUCUUUUGGCCUUUUACUUCCUGUCAUCUUUUGGCCAGUACAGAUGUUUGGUCUUUUACUUCCUGUCAUUUUUUGGCCUUUUACUUCCUGUCAUCUUUUGGCCAGUACAGAUGUUUGGUCUUUUACUUCCUGUCAUCUUUUGGCCUUUUACUUCCUUUCAUCUUUUGGCCAGUAUAGAUGUUUUGGUCUUCUAGUUUAGGGAUUUUUUCUAAUUCUAGUUUAGGGAUUUCUUGAUCACAAAAGUUGUUCAUCUUGUAAAGAGGAGCUCCUGAAAAUAAAACUGGUUCUAUUAGUUUUUAUAUAAAAUAAGUUCUGGCAUCAACAAGUGACAACUGCAUGUCUCUGGCAUCAACAAGUGACAACUGCAUGUCUCUGGCAUCAAUAAGUGACAACUGCAUGUCGCUAGUUUUGAUAUAAAAUAAGUUCUGGCAUCAACAAGUGACAACUGCAUGUCUCUGGCAUCAAUAAGUGACAACUGCAUGUCUCUGGCAUCAACAAGUGACAACUGCAUGUCUCUGGCAUCAACAAGUGACAACUGCAUGUCUCUAUUUUGCAACUAUCAUUUUGUUGGUUUUUAGAUUAAAGUGGUUUUGAAAUCUUUUAUGUAAUGUGAUCUGAACGAUGUCUUUCCAAGGUUUCAACAACUUCAACAUUCUUUUUAUCUUCUUUUUUAUUGUUAGUUUCAUUCUUCUAUUUCAUUGUGCCAGCAAAUGUCUGUUACAGAAAUACACUGCCAGAAAAUGUCUGUUACAGAAUCUUUUUAACCUAUUUACCAAUGCCUCGGACACACUCUAUUUGAUACACAGCUUAGUUUUGGAUAUGAUUUCCCCAGUCCUCAAAUAGCAAAAAAAUUCAUGGGUAAAUUCUAUUUUUUUAAAAUUGGAGGGAAAUAUUUCCUAUUCAUUACAACAAAGGGACAGAAAUUGAACCUUUGUACAUUUAUGUCCAUGGCAUUGUACAAAGAUAGAACCAAAAAAAUCAAUAAAUUUUGUAUUGACUGGCUGGUUGAAUUGGGUUGAGGAGAUUCAUCCAAGUCAUUCUUGUCAUACAGCUGUUAGCUGUGAUCAAUGACAUUGCAACCGUCUCCUUGUUUUUGUCCCAAGGGGCGGCUACAGAAAACCCCAAAUCACCCACUCCUGGCUAAACUAACCUACCCUAAAGCCAUGUUCUGUUAAUUAUCAUUCAACUAAUUAUCCCCACGCUUGUGUCUCCAGGGGCGGCUACAGAAAACCCCAAAUCACUGAUGUACUGUGGCUCCAGCUGGCCCUGCUACCAUACCAUAUAGCCAUGUACGUGACCUGGUGGGUCAGGUGGGUUUGGAAGUUCAACAUCCAUGGGGAGGAGUACGGCACGGAGGAGCAGCUUUACCUCAUCAGAAAAAAUCUAGGAUUAACCCAAAGCCAGUUUGAUGUAAGUGUGGAUUAGGAUUUACUGCGACAAAAUGCCUCGUCCACGGGUUCUGACACAUCACUCAAUUGAAAAGCUGGAAGUUUUUAUGUUACUUCACUUUCAAUCUAUGUGUGCUUUAGUAAGGUUCUUUAAUACGGUGCUUUAGUACGGUGCUUUUAAUGCGGUGCUUUAGUACGGUGCUUUAGUAAGGCUCUUUAAUAGUGUGCUUUAAUACGGCUCUUUAGUAAGGUUCUUUAAUACUGUGCUUUAGUAUGGUGCUUUAGUAAGGUCCUUUAGUAAGUUUCUUUAAUACAGUGCUUUAGUAAGGUUCUUUGGUACGGUGCUUUAGUAAGGUUCUUUAGUACGGUGCUUUAGUAAGGCUCUUUAAAACGGUGCUUUAGUACGGUUCUUUAAUAUGGUGCUUUAGUACGGUGCUUUAGUAAGGUUCUUUACUACUGUGCUUUAGUAAGGUUCUUUAAUACUGUGCUUUAAUACGGUGCUUUAGUACGGUGCGUGUACGAUGUCUUAAUCCAAGGUGUCAAAGAUUGAUUUUUUUGUCUUUGCAUGAUCCUUGUUCACCGUUAAUGUUAUAUAUUUAUGAAACUUUAUUCACUUCUGGAUGCAUUGAACCUUGAUUCAUUUAUAUUAAUUCAUAUUUAGAAGCUAAAAAAAUAUUUUACAAAUGCUCAUCAAUCGCAAAACAGAGCUGCUUACCUUUCCCAGGAAUAUAUUUGAAGUAUGGAAGUAGCACUGCCAUCAGGAUGAGUUAACCCAAACCCAGUUGGAUGUAAGUGCGGAUUUGGAUUAACCCAUAUCCAGUUUAUUUAAGUGGGGAUGAGGAUUAACCCAUAUCCAUUUUGAUGUAAGUGUGGAUUAAGAUUAAUGCUACCCAGUUUGAUGUCAAAAUGUCAUGUAUGGUUCUGGAUUGAACACAUCCUAACUUGUGAGUUUUUUGUUUUCUGCCCAGGCUCAGGAAGAACAUGAAAUAGAUGAGCACCUGGCCAAUAAGUUGUGGAUCAAAUCCUAUUUUCAAGUGAGUUUACUUGGGUUUUAUUUAACUGUAUUCGACACCUACUGGUAUGGUGUUUGUGGGGGGCGGGGGUGUUUCCCCUCUAGGUUUACCUCAUCCCUAAGAAAAACUGCCCCUAUUGGGCUGACUAUUGACCGAUUAGCUGCCCCUAUUAGCUGACUAUUUGGCCAAUAAGCUACCCCUAUUAGCUGACUAUUGGCCAAUUAGCUGCCCCUAUUAGGCUAACUAUUGGCCAAUUAGAUGCCCCUAUAAUGCUAACUAUUGGCCAAUAAGCUACCCCUAUUAGGCUAACUAUUGGCCAAUUAGCUGCCCCUAUUAGCUGACUAUAGGCCAAUAAGCUACCCCUAUUAGCUGACUAUUGGCCAAUUAGCUGCCCCUAUUAGGCUAACUAUUGGCCAAUAAGCUACCCCUAUUAGCUGACUAUUGGCCAAUUAGAUGCCCCUAUAAUGCUAACUAUUGGCCAAUUAGAUGCCCCUAUUAAACUAACUAUUAGCCAAUUUGAUGCCCCUAUAAUGCUAACUAUUGGCCAAUUAGAUCCCCUAUAAUGCUAACUAUUGGCCAAUAAGCUACCCCUAUUAGCUGACUAUUGGCCAAUAAGCUACCCCUAUUAGGCUAACUAUUGGCCAAUUAGAUCCCCUAUAAUGCUAACUAUUGGCCAAUUAGAUCCCCUAUAAUGCUAACUAUUGGCCAAUUAGAUGCCCCAAUUAGGCUAACUAUUGGCCAAUUAGAUGCCCCUAUUAGGCUAACUAUUGGCCAAUUAGAUGCCCCUAUUACGUUAACUAUUGGCAUUUGAAAAGAUGUGUUGAGCCUAAAUUAUUACUGUAUAAAUAAAUAAGUAAAUAAAAUGCCAUCCUGGAAAUUUGCCAGUAGCAGGGGAUGACCCAGGGUAAUUCAAACCUGCUGUCUUUUCCUGUUCACAGUUUUUGUUGGACAAAUGCUACGGACAGGCAUUGGUUCAGUCAGUCUGACUAGAUAAACUGUUGGCAGUUUAAAAAGAAUAUGCUUACAGACAUCAAGCACCACAAAAUAUUGCCAGUCAGUCCGGAGCACCCACUCCCACAAAAUAUUGCCAGUCAGUCUGGAGCACCCACUCCCACAAAAUAUUGCCAGUCAGUUCCGGAGCACCCACUCCCACAAAAUAUUGCCAGUCAGUCCGGAGCACCCACUCCCACAAAAUAUUGCCAGUCAGUCUGGAGCACCCACUCCCACAAAAUAUUGCCAGUCAGUUCCGGACCACCCACCCCCCCAAAAUGCUCUUCAGAUCCCACUCCCACAAAAUAUUGCCAGUCAGUCUGGAGCACCCACUCCCACAAAAUAUUGCCAGUCAGUCUGGAGCACCCACUCCCACAAAAUAUUGCCAGUCAGUCCGGAGCACCCACUCCCACAAAAUAUUGCCAGUCAGUCCGGAGCACCCACUCCCACAAAAUAUUGCCAGUCAGUCAGGAGCACCCACUCCCACAAAAUAUUGCCAGUCAGUCCGGAGCACCUUGUGCAUUGACCUCUUGUUUACCUGACAUUAAGAACUAAUGAUCUUUAUUUUUAUGCCAGUUAAGACCAACUAGGAUUUGAUGCCAGUUAUACAAACCAGGAAUUAAUCCAUUUUAAAGACAGCAAAUUAUUAAUAUCCACAAUUUAUGCCCACAUCAUGGAUGAAAAAUGUGAUACAAAUGUAUCACUAUUGUGGACCACAUCACUAACUGAUCAUAUCUAAUAAUUUAUGAAUUAUGGACCACAUCACUAACUGAUCAUUUCUAAUAAUUUAUGAAUUAUGUACCACAUCACUAACUGAUCAUAUAAAAUAAUUUAUGAAAGAAGAACCACAUCACUAUCUGGUCAUAUAUAUCCAUUAUUGACCACAUCACUAUCUGAUCAUAGCUAUCCCUUAUGGACCACAUUCCCACGUGAGCAUAUUUAUCCAUUAUUUAUGGGCCUCAUUUUUUGUUCUCUUCUUAAAAUGUCACCUAUCCUAACUCUCUCUCUCUCUCUCUGUCCCCCUGCAGGUUUGGAAGGCUAAAAAGGAGGAAGAGAUGAAAACUAAAUUGGCAGAGAAUGCAAGUUAUAAAAAGUACCGACGGUUUAUGAAAAAAGGUGGUGCUGGCCAGAUGACUUUCGGACCUGAUUAGAUAUAAUGUGGCUGUUGAGUGAAUGUGACAUUUUUGGCAUGAUUGUAAAUUGAAUCUUACUUUUAAGGCUGUUUUUGUAUGUAAAUUUGUGUACGUGGUAUAUGUUAUACAACUUAACCUUUCUUUGUUUUUCCAUAACUUACAUCAAAGAUUUCUUGAUUACGGCUGGCUUAUUAGAAGUACCGGUAGGUCAGAGAUAAAAAGUUAUAAUGAAAGAUUUGAAGAGGCAACAUCAAGUUUUAAUGUGGCGACCAGUCUUCCAUUAGAGUAAGUCAUUGAUUAAAUGCAUAUAUUAGUUUAAAUAAAUUAGGACGGCACUUAGUCUUAAGAAAGAAUCGGUGACAUGCUUGGAGGACAUUGUACUUGUACAUUUAAGUAGAGUUCUUAUCUUAUCUGUCUAUUGGCACAAUAGUCUUGUUGAAGAAAUAAAAUUAGGUCAUUGUCCCAUAUUUUUAAAAAUGAUUGUAAAGCUCUUUGCCUGGAAUGAGGAACUUAAGCUUUUAUUAGCAGUAGUUUUAUUUAAUAUUUGUCAGUUCAUAUUAUAAUAAUCAUGUAGAUACUGAAGAUAUUGCAAUCAAAUUUUUAACUCCUUUGUGUUACUCAUACUGCAUUUAUUUCUGACCUUAGCUGAAGUGUUUAGUUUCUUGUUGAAAUGAUUUCAAGUAUUUGUACCAGUAUGGUACAGCGUACAAUUUAGAUUUCUCCCAAAUCAAUAAGUUUUGUUGUUAUUAUAAGGAAGACUAGGUUCACUUCCUGUUAUAAAUUUAAUCUGUUGUUUUAAUAGUUGACCUAAUAAUUAAAUAGAACUGGGGGUGUUGGGUAGGGGGUGUAUUUUUUAAAUGGGCCGUGUUCAAAAUUUUUAAACAAAUGAAAUAAAUGGCUGAAAAUGUGCAGUGGUAAAUAUUUUAACAUUAUCCCAGAAAUACCUUACAGGGCUCUGUUGUUGAUUUAAACAUUUUGUUUUUAAGCAAUGAGUUGAACUUUAACCUGAAUGUUGUGUUCAGAUGAUAGGUUACGCAGGUAAAAAAAAAAGAUGUUCCAUAAGCUGGCAAGCAUUUUAUUUAUUGUUGUAUUAAUGGUCUGUGUGUAAGUCUAUGACUUUAAAAUGAACUAUUACUGCCAAUUGUGAAAUAAAACUAUUUGAAUUACUUGUAACAUUUUAUUUUUAUCAAUAGGUAGUUCAUCAGUAUAGCACUACAAUUAAUCAUCAUGGCCCCACAGUUAAUUUAUUUAUUUUUACCCAAGUAUUUAAUUUUAAAAUAUUUGCUUUAUUUAAUUAUAAUUGUUAAAAUUUGAUAAAGGGCUCCAACAAGAAAAAUUAAAUAUGUCCAGGGCGCCUAGAAUAAAAACAAUUUGAAACAACUGGCUUAGCUGAAAAAAUCUCCAAAAUCAACACUGCCCCUUGUCCUAACUUCACAAAUUUCUAAUACUAAUAUACUGUAGUUUAAUCUGUAACACUAAUUUAAAUGGACAGAUCAUAUUUAAAACUAUUUAUAAAUUAGUUGAAUUAACCUCUUUAGAACUAUGCACCUGUACACUGAAUUUUUAACUUUUUUAUUUAAAAGAAAAUGUUCAAUAAAACUUAAAUGAAGGAUUAGACUCAAGUGAGAAGAUUGAUGUCCAAGAGCUAUAACAUGCUAACUGGCUUAACUCAUUCCCGACGGUUGCGACUAAAUGCGUCUUUUACUUUUAGGGAUUCGCCGGAUGCGUCCAAAUGCGUCCCGGCGCAUAGCGACACACCUCUCUCAU